GGUGUCACGCUGCUCGUCUGCCUCGGCGGGCUGGUGGGGAACGGGACCAUCCUCUGGCUCCUCAUCCACAUCCACAAUAUUCCAAUCAACAGCUACUUCAAAAACCUGGCCUUGACCAACCUCAUCUUCUCGCUCUUCAUGGCCAUCUCAUCCCUCCUCUAUAUGAUAGAGAAUGCCUCCUGCUCCGCUAUCCUGCCCACGCUGUACCUGAGUUUCCUUUCCUAUCUCUCACUGCUCUCCUGCAACACAGGCCUGUACUUUCUGACGGCCAUCAGCAUCGAGAUGUGUGUGUCCAUUUCCUUCUUGUUCUGGUCCCCCUGCUGCCGCCGCAAGCACUUCUCAGCCAUGGUCUCUGUCCUACUCGGCAUUGCUUCCAUCGCUGUCUUUGCUGUAGUGAUUUCUCUGUGCUCGUUCCAUGAGCCGAAGCAUUGCCGGAUGGCUCUCAUCUCCAUGUACGUUCUCAACUUCCUCAUCUUUGUCCUACCCAUGGUCAUUUCCAACAUAAAACUCUUCAUUGAGUUCCGGCGUUGCUCCCAGCAGCACCGACUCAGGAGGCUCUACAUCGUUAUCUUCAUCACCGUCCUCUUCUUUCUCACCUUCGCUCUUCCCCUCAGCAUCUGGAAUUUCCAGCAGCAGUUCAGCUACACCGAGGUGCCCUUGAAGGUGGUUUUCCUGCUCGCCUGCAUCAACAGCAGCAUCAACCCCUUCAUCUGCUUCUUGGUGGGGAGCUCCUGGAGGCGCUGCUCCGUGGUGUCCCUCCAGGUCGCCUUCCGAAGGGUCUUUGAUCAGCCAGAGGACAACACCGCACGCAGCAAUGAUAUCGCGAUGGACACGGUGGCCUCAGCCUGUUGA